AGCUCUUUCAUGGCCCUGCAAUGGAAGUCAAUAGAUUUGUCUUAUGCAAACAAGUGAUUUCAUAAAGAUUCAAUUGGAAUCAUAUAUUUGUUGACUUUAUUUUGUGUGUCGGAGUACCCAGAGCACAGGGCCUAUUUCUCACGGUGAAGUGCAACUAAAAAUUGGACAUUCAUUAAAGAAAAUCCAACAUAGAUUGCUCAUUUGGUUCCUAAACUUGUUCAGUUUUUUUUGCAAUGCACCCAACAUUAUAGUGUAUCCUGUUGUAAUGAUAAAUCUUUUGUAGACAUUCAGACAAUCUCACCCUAUAAAACAGGAAGACUUGGGCGGUGGCAUCAGUAGUUUUGUUUUAGUCAGUUCAUCCCCAGAGCAAAAGUCAUCAUGGUGGGAAUUAUGGAGUUCUUUUCAGCCCCGGGUUUUCACAAGCCCUUCCAAGCCAAAGCGUUCCAGGCACAUUGGAUUGUGGGGGUUGUCUAUAAACUCCAUUCUAUGACUGGAACGGUGCUGUUCUUCAGUAGUUGUCUCGUCUUUAUCAAGGAGCUAAUGGAUGAUCACAUUCAUUGCAUUCAAGAUGGAGCAGGGGAAGAUGGCGGGAAGAUCACAGAAACGGCCUUCAAUAGUUAUUGCUACAUUAGCUCUACGUUCACUCUUCCUAACCCAAAAGCUCGGGCAGCCAUGGACUUGGCCAGAGGAAGAGGAACAUACCCCGGAGUUGGGCCGUCUAAUUCAAACGAUUACCAUUCGGGAACUUUCCACAACUAUUACCAAUGGGUGCCCUACUUGCUGUUCAUCCAGAGUCUGAGUUUUUUUGCCCCAUUGAUGAUCCACCGAUUUAUUCAAGAUGGUCGAGUUCAGCGCGUGAUUCAAGAUCUGCACAACAUCGUCGCCUACUCCGAGACUCGGGACGACAUGUAUGGUGAUAUUUGGGUGUUCUUUCGGGAUUGGUAUUGUCAUCAGACUUGGUGGGCCAUCAAGCUGGUCAUGGUGGACUCGCUCAAUCUCAUCAACAUUCUAUGUAACAUUUUCUUCGUGGACUGGUAUCUGGGUCAUAAUUUCUUGCUCUUCGGUGCUCGGUCCAUCCGUGCUAUGGCCUCAAACAACGACUUCGCGCCCGAUCCAUUUGAUGAUAUCUUUCCGAAAAUGACCAAGUGCUCGCUGUUUACAUUCGGUCCCUCUGGGACGGUCCAGAAUCACGACGCUCUCUGCAUCAUGAGUGCGAACGUCCUGAAUGAGAAGAUCUACUUCGUUGUCUGGUUUCUGUUUCUGUUUUUGAGCGUCUUCACAUUGAUCCACCAUACCAUUGCAUUCAUCAUUAUGAGCUCGCGAUCAAUCAGGAACUCCUUUAUAUGUCUCUAUAUCAGCCCCGAGAGGAAAGAUCAAAAGAAAAAGUUAAAGAAAAUCCUGGAAAUGACCCAGUUUGGGGAUUGGAUGAUGCUGUAUAUGCUAGCCAAGAACACAGACAGGGUGAUUUUUGGGCAGAUCGUCGAGAAUCUUAAGUAUCCAGAUUACCACCACAGUCUCGAGGAAUUGGACGAGGAGAAUCAAAAGAUACUUGAAUCGAGAAACUACAAGACUGCAAAUCAAGUCUACGCAGAUAUGAAAAGUAUGAAAAUGAAAUAUAACCGAUAAUACCUCAUAAGUAGGGCCGGCCAAAACAUA